CCGCUUGCCAAGUUCCUACUUACAAAUUAGUCGUGAUUUGGGGAGACGCCUAGUGGAAGGGUGACAUACAUACGAAAUACUGUAAAACUGCGAUCGCCUUUUUGAACAGCUGUAACCUGAUACGUCACCAUGGGCUCCUGGUGGGGGAAACCGGCCGAUGACACGCCCGAUGACGUCACAGGUCUCACGGCCAAUCAGGUCCAGCUCAUCCGGGACACCUGGGCGAUCAUCUACAAGAACAAGAGAGAAAACUGUUUCACCAUCUUCAGGAUAUUGUUCACAGACCACCCCGACACGAGGUCUCUGUUCAAGAACAUGGCGGACGUUGACCUUGAGGCGCCGGGGGAGUUCGAGAGGAACGUGUCCGCGCGUGCGCACAUGGUGCGGUUCAUGCACAGCUUCGCCACCUUCAUGGACACGCUGGACGAGCCUGCCGACCUUCGACAACUUCUGUACGACCUCGGCAAGACUCACGCCAAGCACGGCGUACAACCGGAACUCUUCGACGCGCUCGGGCCGGUCUUGAUGAAAGCGCUGCCGAGAGUUCUGGACGGGAAGUUCACCCCGGAAGUGAAGACUGCGUGGUCAGCGACCUACACCUUCAUGUGCGCGCACCUCAGGGAGGGCGUGGCAGAGGGAGAGCGCCUGCUAGCGGAUACGGAGUGAGGUGCACCUCAGGGAGGGCGUGGCAGAGGGAGAGCGCUAGCUAGCGGAGACGGAGUGAGGUGCAGAGAAGUGUGGACAGCGUCGAGUUUGUUUAUUAGCGUCCAGUUGUAGGUAAAAUAGCCUCCGCCAGGCCUUCCUAAGGAAAUUAGGAUGGUAGAAUUCGGCAUAAAUUGGGUCUGACUGGCUAAGGAAGUGGAUCCAAUGUUAGAGUUUCAUUUCAAACUCCCCUGGUCAAUUGUUAUUCUCCUUACUUUUUUUUUAUUUGGCUGAAUUUUAUUGUAACACAGUUUUAAUACGACACUUUUAGUCUAGCAGCGGAGACUAAGGAUAAAAUGUGAGCUGCAGAAUCCUGGCUGAAACUCAAUGCAUUGAAGCCGAAGUAACUGUUGGUAGUGAUUUCAUGAGAAUUCUAGAGCCGUUUAGAAUUUACUAGUGGG